UGUGACUCUGACGUGUGACUGUGACUGUAAGUGUGACUGUGACUGUGACUGUGAGUGUGACUGUGGGUGUGACGUGUGAGGGUGGGGUCAUGGUGACAGGGACUAUAUAAAGGUCCAGGAUCAGCUGUAUCUGAGUCAGUCCACAUCCAACAUCUGAAGACAGCCAUGCUGCUCUUGCUGCUCCUCUUGUCCUUUUCUGUUGCUGAUGCAGCAGCACCCCCUGGUGUUCCUCUGCGGACCUACAGACAGAGGGACCCUCUGACCGGACAUCAGUUCUUCUGUGACAGCUGUCCUCCGGGAACUUACCUGAGGACGCGCUGCGCGCCCUCGCGGCCCAGCGAGUGCGCCCCCUGUCCGCGGGGCUCGUUCACGGAGCUGUGGAACUCCAUGGACAGGUGUCUGCGCUGCAGCGUGUGUGAACGGAACCAGGUGGACGAGGAGCCCUGCGCCGCGGACCGGAACCGUCGGUGCCGGUGCAUGGACGGGUUCUACUACGACAAGAGCAUCUACACCUGCAGAGCUCACAGCGAGUGUGGCGCGGGAGAGGGUGUCUGUCCUCCAGGGACGGCUCAUGAGGACACCCGCUGUCAGCAGUGUCCUUCUGGAACCUUCUCCGACUCCAUCUCCGCUCGUCUCAACUGCACUCAGCAGAGGAGCUGUGACGCUGAGGGCCAGAGGCUGCUGCUCCAGGGCGCCCCCUGGCAUGACAGCGUGUGCAUCAGGUGUGAAGACGGAGCAGACAGCGCCAUCUGCCUCAAGGAAAUCCUUCCUGCCUUCUUCGUCUACCAGAAGAUGUCGCUCAAACGACUUCGUCAGCUGGUGCGCCGCCUGCCGUCUGCUCAGGGAAGUGCAGCGCGCGCGGCCUCCAGUUUGAGUCUUCAGGAACUGAAGGCCGUCGUCAGAGCGUGGGUCGACUCGGCGACGUCGGAGCAGAUCCUCCGACUCCAGAGCGUCCUGAGUGGAACUGGAGCGGUGAGCGCCGGAGAACGUCUGCAGAGGAAACUGAACCGCAUCCAGGAGAACCUGGAACUGAUCUGUUGAUGUUCUGCAGAGUCCAAGAUCAGCGUCAAACCCACAACCUGGUGACACGGAGACUGAAGUUAAUAUUCAUAUCAACUUCAGUCUCCGUGUUUCUGGAUUAUUCCGGAUUAUUCCGGUCCUUUAUGCUCUCAUCUUCUACACUGAAGAGAAGACGACACGGUGACGGUGUCGUCUGUCGUCCUGAGGACAGUGAUCUUCAGGUUUGGCUCUGAUGAUAAAGAAACACCAACGUUUGUGGGUGUAAUCCCAGAGAUGAUAAUCCACAGACGGUAAUCCAGUCACUUUGAACGGCAGAUUAAAUAUUGAUGUUGUGACACAUGUCUUUGUUUCUAUCCGUCCAUCCAUCCGUCCA